AUGGGUGGUUGUUCACCAAUAUUAUUCUUGCACUACUUGCUCUUCUUCCUACUCAUCAUCACUGCAUCUCAUUACUUCAUGCUUGUUCACUCUUUCCCUUCUCUGCACCAACAAAACCCACUCUGCCACCACGAUGACAGGUCUGCUUUGUUGCACUUCAGUCAAAGCCUUUCAAUAAUAAAGUCUACACCAAUAUCUACGGAUCCUUCAGCUUAUCCAAAGGUUGCAUCGUGGAAUACCAGUAGCAGUGAUUGCUGCUCAUGGGACGGUGUCACUUGUGAUGAUGACACUGGCCGUGUCAUUGGACUUGACCUCAGUAGCAGUUUUCUCUCUGAUUUUAUCAACUCCAGUAGCGCCCUCUUCCGCCUUGUUCACCUUCAGACACUCAACCUAGCUGACAAUUGGUUCAAUCACUCUCAAAUCCCAUCUGCCGUUGGACUUCUUUCGAGGUUAACUUAUCUCAAUCUCUCAUAUUCUGUAUUUGCUGAUCAAAUACCUUUGGAAAUUUCAAAUUUAACCAAAUUAACUUCUCUUGAUCUCUCAAGAAAUCCAAAUCUGGAGCUCCUUAAGCCUGGUCUAAUAAGCUUGGUUCAGAAUGUGACGAAUUUAAAAGAACUUUACCUCAAUAAGGUAAACAUGUCUUCAACAACACUUCACAUUUUGGCUAAUUUUUCGUCUUUAACUUCUCUACUUCUUCAAGAUUGUCAAUUACAAGGUGAAUUUCCGGCGGGCAUUUUUAACUUACCAAACCUACAGUUUCUUAGCGUGCAAAACAAUCCAGAUCUCAGCGUGUACUUGCCUGAAUUCCACAGUAGGAGUCCACUCAAGAAAUUGAGACUCGGGGGCACAAGCUUUUCAGGGGAGCUGCCAAAUUCAAUUGGAAAUCUCCACUCGUUGAAUGAAUUGGAUAUCUCAAGAUGCAACUUCUCAUGGUCAAUACUGUCUUUAAUUGAUAAUCUUACACAACUCCAUUAUUUGAGCCUUUCAGGAAGCAACUUUUUUGGAGAAUUGCCAAAUUCAAUCGGACAACUUAAAUCCUUGAAUCGUUUGGAGAUGGCAGGAUGCAAUUUCUCAGGCCCAAUCCCGUCUUGGUUUAGUAAUUUUUCACAACUGCGAUAUUUGGACCUUUCCAGAAACAACUUUUUUGGAGAACUGCCAAAUUCAAUCCAACAACUUAAAUCUUUGAAUCAUUUGGAGAUGGCAAGAUGCAAUUUCUCGGGGCCAAUCCCGUCUUGGUUUGGUAAUUUUACACAACUGCAAUAUUUGGACCUUUCUGGAAGCAACUUUUUUGGAGAAUUGCCAAAUUCAAUCGGACAACUUAAAUCCUUGAAUCGUUUGGAGAUGGCAAGAUGCAAUUUCUCGGGGCCAAUCCCGUCUUGGUUUGGUAAUUUUACACAACUCUUCUAUCUUGACCUUUCUUCUAAUUUGUUGCACGGCCCAAUUCCUGAGUCAAUCUCUCAACUUGUGAAUCUGGAAGUUCUUUAUCUUGAUGGUAAUAAUAUAAACGGAACAGUAGAGGUAGACGUGUUUCUUACUCUGAAAAAUCUUACUGAUCUUUGGCUAUCGGGUAACCAAUUAACAUUGCUUACCAGUAGCUUCAUCAAUGAUACGCUUCCCAAGUUUGAGUUCCUUAAUUUGAACUCAUGCAACUUAACUGAGUUCCCAAAUUUCUUGAAAACUCAAGACAAUUUGCAGUUGCUAGACCUCAGCAACAAUAGUAUUCAAGGCCCUCUGCCUACAUGGAUAUGGAACAUGAGUCCACAAAGUCUGUCAUACCUUGACCUUUCUCAGAACUUUAUAACGGCCUUUCACCAACCUCCUCCUUUAAUCCUUCCGUGGGACAGACUAAGGCGUUUAGACAUUAGUUCUAACAUGCUGCAAGGAUCACUCCUUGUCCCACCAUCAUCCAUCAGCGUUUAUAUUGUCGCUAACAACAAACUGACUGGGGAGAUUCCACUACUGAUCUGCAAUGCAAGUUCUCUUCGUGUCUUGGAUUUAUCUUAUAACAAUCUGAGUGGCAUCAUUCCCCAAUGUUUGGGCAGUUUUGCUGAUACUUUGGAGUUAUUGAAUCUUCGAAACAAUAAAUUACAUGGCCCCAUUCCUCAAACAUACAACAAUGGAACCAUGCUGAGGAUGAUCAACUUGAGUCAAAACCAAUUGCAAGGGCCAGUGCCAAAUUCGUUGGUCAAUUGUUCACUUCUAGAGAGUCUUGAUCUUGGAAACAAUCAGAUCGAUGACAUUUUUCCCUUUUGGCUUGGAACACUUCCUGAAUUGAAGGUUCUGAUUUUGCGAUUCAAUAGAUUCCAUGGUGUAAUAUGGAACCCUAACUCCAGUUUUGCUUUCUCCAAAUUGCAUAUUCUUGGCAUCUCUCACAAUGGUUUCACUGGUAAGUUACCUUCCGAUUACUUCCGAACCUUGACAGCUAUGAAAACUAUUGAUGUCAAUCAAUCAACAUAUAUUAGGAGUGCAGCCAAUGUUGUUAACAAUGACAGUACUUACGCAUUGACACUAACCAACAAAGGUGUGGAAAUAGUGUACUUGUAUAUCCUAAAUGUCUUCACUGCCAUUGAUCUCUCAAGUAACCGAUUUGAAGGAGAGAUUCCGGAAUCUAUUGGGAUUCUUAAGAGUCUUCACAUGCUAAACCUUUCCAACAACAAUUUCAUUGGUCAGAUUCCAUCUUCAUUGGGGAAUCUAACAGAGAUUGAAUCGUUGGACCUUUCUCAAAACAAGCUCUCAGGAGAGAUACCUCAGCAACUAACCCAGCUCACAUUCCUUGAAUUCUUCAAUGUCUCUUUUAAUCAUCUCAGAGGACCGAUUCCACGAGGGAGGCAAUUCAAUACAUUUCCAAACAAUUCCUAUGAGGGGAAUUUGGGAUUGUGUGGAGACCUUUUGCCGAACAAAUGUGACAACUCAGACGCGUUGCUGCCACCACCACUUUCGAACUUCAAACAAGAUGGUGAUCAUUCAUGGCUUGCAAUUGAUAAAAGUGAUUGGAUUGUGAUAUGCAUGGGCUAUGGAGGUGGGUUAGUAGUUGGGUUGAUCAUUGGACACACUCUUGCCGCAAGACUUUUCCAUUGGAGGAGGUACAUUAAGGAAAUGAAGAAUUUCAGCUCCAGCAUGGAGUUUCCACCAGCUCUCAGAAUACUAGUUGCAAAAGGGUAG